GGCUCGCACGAGAGCACCAUCCACGAGAAACACGAGGGGGCAGGCGGAACACAGCCAGCCAGACGCGAGGGCAAGGCGAUGGGGAAGAAGCAGGGAGGCCGAGGAGAUCACAAGGGGCUCCUGUGGAGGCUGCCGGAGCUCACCUCCAAGGAGCUCGGCAAGCUCGGCCCCGCCUUCGGCCUCGGCAUCGGGUGCGGCGCCGGCGCUGGCGUCGGAUUCUUCGGCGGUGCCGGAUUAGGCUAUGGUUUUCCUGGAUUAACGUUAGGCUUUGGAGUUGGAGCUGGAUGUGGUGUAGGAAUUGGAUUCGGUUAUGGUUUGGGCAAAGGAAUCGCAUAUGACGAAAACAAAAGAUACACUAAUGUUGGCAAAGUGUUCCAGGAAGCUCCACAUCUGCCUACGGACACUGUUGCUGCUUUGUUCGACGAGUUGGUUAUAAACACCAAGAAGCUUGUGACGGCAACAUCAAAAGGGAUUGAGAAAUGGCGUUGAGGUGCACCACUGCAUUAUCGUUGCCAUUAGCUGUCUUGAACUGUGUAUCAACUAUCAAGUGAAGAUUAAAAGCAAGGUUUACCUUGAACUGGAGUAGCACUUAGUUCUAGAAUGCAGACUCUCUCUUGCUCAUCGGUGUGUAGGUUUGUAUUUAAGUAGGAUCGUGAAACGAGGCCACCAAUGAUUUCUGGUCGUUAUAUUAGUUGCAUGAAAUAUUGCUGGAUAAUCCUGUUACUGGGGUGCGCAUCCCAGAAGUUAAAUUUUAGGAUGAAAUGAUGCUAUGUGCUUCAGAUGAA